AUGGUUACAUCAGCUGACGUAAACGUGUUUACGAACAUAAGUGCGCUAGGCGUGAAGAUCAAGGGUGUUGGUUGUAGCGGCACAGUGCCGGCGAUGCGUCGGUCCACGGCGGCUGCCUUCAUCUGCACAGCGGUUCUGCAUCUAGUGACGGUACAGGGAGACACGCUAGCCGAUAUCGGCCAGCUCCUGCCGCCCUGGAUCACCGGCAACCUCGAGGAACUGGUCCGCGCCGCUUCCGAUUCCUGUGAGGUUCUACCGCUCGACGUAUUAUUCUCGAAAGUAUACGGUCCGGACAUCGACGUAGUAGAGUUUCGACGACAUAAACGCAAGAGCUUCAGUCUAUCCAAGGCUCAUUUGCAUCUGAGAGACCGUCUGCCUCAGACGCUAGUCAUCUAUGUCCCCGGCUGGUGGAAUACACCAACCGACGAGUCCUCCAAGACCUUGGUCAAAGCUCUACUUAACAAGAACCCGUCUGUCUUAGUCCUGGAUACGAGACUUAUCUUCUGCAAAGGUUACGUUGCUUCCACAGCCGGCGUCAAUGGUCUAGCUCUCCGUUUGUACAAGUUUAUUAAGAAUAUGACCAACGAUGGGCUUCCACUAUCAUCAGUACACUUGAUAGGUUUUAGUUUAGGGGCUCACGUAGUGGCGAUAACAGGGAAGUUAGUCCAAAAACAUCUGCAUCGGAAAUUAGAUAAGAUUACUGCUCUUGAUCCAGCACGACCAUGUUUUUCCCGCCAGUCGGAGUAUAGACUCGAAAAAAGUGAUGCUAAGUUUGUUCUAGUAAUUCACACCAAUGCUGGGGUGUUAGGUCUGGAGCAACCCUUAGGUCAUGUAGACGUGUAUGCCAAUGGGGUGUUAACAAAGCAGCCUGAGUGUCAAGACAGAAGUAUCUCUUUGCAAUGCGACCACGCACAAGCCUGGCGUUUGUUUGCCGCCUCCGUGAUUGAUGACCACGUGUUGGUUGGGCGGCGUUGUAAGAGUUGGGAGGAACUGAACAGCGGACAGUGUAGUGGGAAUGAAACUGUGGUCGGGUACUCCUGCAACACGAAUACCCGAGGCAUGUUCUUGUACAAAUCUCCUGUGGAGAAGAAGGAACCGGAGCUAAGAGUGUUUAAUCCACUGGAUCUGUUCACGUGGUGGAUUCAAUAA